AUGGAGGAUCAUAAGCAGACUAGUUUCACCUUUGAGAUAGAUAACUUCUCUGAGAAGGAAUCUGUGAUAUCAUCAACAACAUUCGUAAGCGGCGGUUGCGAAUGGUAUGUUAAGGUUCAUCCCAAAGGAGAUCACAUUGAUGAUCACUUGUCUAUGUACCUCUGCGUUGCGAAUCCUGAAUCAUUACGAACCGUUUUGCCAACUGUUCUGCGCUCAGUUCACACUAAUGGGUUGGCCAAAGGCCGUGCCUCUCGAUACACUUCAAACCCUUCAAGAAAAAGACCAAAGAACCAAUGGGUGAAGACAACGUACAUGAAUAUCUUACUUGGUCUAAUCGAGACAUUGAACAAGCCUCUACAUAGCUUCACUGAGGCUGAGGUAAGCAACGCUGAGAGAGAUUUGAUCGAGCUGACAGAAGCAGGCUUUAAGCUAGACUGGUUGAAGAUAAAGCUUGAUGACGUUUCCUUGGGGAGGAAGAAAGCAAAUGCUGAUGGUUUUGGAGUCCAAGAACUCGUACAACACAUCAAUAACCUCAAAAUUGAACUGAACAAGGAGCAAACGAUAUCUGCUGCUAAAAUUUUAUCAUUGGAGCAGACAGUGUCUCAUCUCAAAGAUGAGCUUAACAAGAAGAAUCCCUAA